AUGGUCUCCUCCUCACCCCCUUCCUCAGCGUGGUCUCCUCCUCACCCCCCUCGCUCAGCUGGGAUCCCCUCCUCACCCCCCUCCUUCAGCGUGGUCUCCUCCUCACCCCCCUCGCUCAGUAGGAUCCCAUCCUCUCUACCCCUGCCUCAGCAGGAUCCCUUCCUCACCCCCCUCCCUCAGCAGGAUCCCUUCCUCACCCCCCUCCCUCAGCAGGGUCUCCUCCUCACUCCUCCCUCGGCAGGCAUGGUCUCCUCCUCACCCCCCUCGCUCAGUAGGAUCCCCUCCUCUCUCCCCCUGCCUCAGCAGGAUCCCUUCCUCACCCCCCUCCCUCAGCAGGAUCCCUUCCUCACCCCCCUCCCUCAGCAGGACCUCCUGGUCACCCCACAUCUCUGCUCUCCCCCCCCUUCCCCUGCCCCCACCUCCUUCACUGACCUCUACUUCAUCUCCCACAAGGCCCUAGGGCUGAGCAGCCUGGCACCAGACAGAUUCCACCAGACGACCAUCACCAGCUUGUGUAUUGACCUCCUGCCUGUCUACGACUACUCUGCCUACUCCCUGCCUAGAUACGAUGGGGAUAUGGGACUCUGUCGUUCCUUCCUGUUGCAAUGCGGUCUCGCAUCGCUUCGUAUACUCCGAGGCGAUGCGCUGAAAUGGGCAUCAGCCAUCUGGGAACGACAGAGCCCGUACACCCAGAGCUACAGCGCCUUCACGAUCAAGAUUAGAAAAGUGUUUGACCACCUGGUCUGUGGCCGGGAUGCCUCCAAACGGCUGUUCGCGCUCCACCAGGGUGUCCGCAGCGUGGCGGAGUACGCGGUUGAAUUCCGUACACUGGCGGAGGAAAACGGAUGA